UUAAUAACUUUUAUAGGAAAGCCAUAUGUUUAAGGAAGAUACCACAAUGAUGAACUCCAAUCCACCACUCUUCCAACAAUAUGAGUUGCUUUUGCAAUCCACAGCUCAUUUACAGCCACUUCACAAUGGCUAUCAACCAACUAGCUCUGUCCUGGAGGAAUGUCAGCUCCCUCUUGUCGAUCUUAAAGGUUUGGAAAGUGGCAAAGAAAAAGAGAGGAUGGCUUGCAGUAGAGAGAUUUUUGAAGCAUCUGCAGAAUGGGGAUUUUUCCAAGUGAUUAACCAUGGGAUACGCUCAGAGCUGCUGAGCAGAAUGAGCAAAGAACAAAUGAAGUUGUUUGCGGUGCCCUUUGAGAAAAAAUCUACAAGUGGGAUUUUGGAUAAUUCUUACCGAUGGGGAGCAGCCACUGCAACCCAACCAAACCAGUUCUCUUGGUCUGAAGCUUUUCACAUUCCCCUCACAAAGGUCUCUGAAGCUGACUGCUAUGGCGACUUCAUUCACUUAAGGGAAGUGAUGGAGGAACUCGCAACCGCCAUGUCGAAGCUCGCAAGAUCUCUAGCAGGAGUUUUAGUGGAGAGUUUGGGGCACCGGAAGGAAGUAUUUGAAGAUAUGUGCGAUGAAAGCACAUGCUUCCUCCGGUUGAAUCACUACCCAAUCUGUCCGUUUCCCGGCGAAGUUACCGGCCUGGUGCCCCACACCGAUAGCGAUUAUCUGACCAUACUUCAUCAAGAUUCCGGCGGCGGGCUUCAGCUGAUGAAAGGAUCGCAAUGGGUGGCCGUGAAACCCAUUCCGGAAGCCCUUGUCGUUAACAUUGGAGAUCUUCUACAGGCUUGGAGCAACGAUACGUACAAGAGUGUGAAGCAUAGGGUGGUGACUAACUCGGUGCGGGAGAGAUAUUCGACAGCAUACUUCCUCUGCCCAUCUAACCAGUCUGGAAUCGGGAGUUGCCGGCAGCCUUCACCAUACAGACACUUCACUUUUGGAGAGUACAGGAAGCAAGUGAGAGAUGAUGUGGAAAAAACUGGGUACAAAGUAGGGCUUUCCAGAUUUCGGCUGUAAAUCACUCCAAUAACAAAUGGAAGUAUCAAUUUCAAGUAUGCAUAAACAUCCAAACGAUUAAGAACAAUCACGUGCAUACGUAUCUAUCAAACCUUUAAAAAUAAGGGUUUAACCAGUACACACAUAUA